AUGGGCUGUCAGGGGGAUUGUCUCCCCAUGGGAAUUCUCCCAGGUGGCAGUGGAAUUGUGCCCACGCUGCAUGCUCGGCUGUAUGGACUUGCUGUUCCUGAGCCCCCUGCCUCCUGCUGGUUCCCAGGGGUGGGUAGAGACCAGGAACUGGAAAUGGAAAGUGAUGAAGCUGGGGUCCUGGAGGAACCGGAAAUGAGGUCAGACAACCAAGCAGAAACAAAUGAAGCCCAAAUUGCCCUGCCCACACAGGGGGACUUUCUCAAUUCCUCAGCAAAAGCCGUCCCGUCCGAGCAGGCUGACAUUCCCAGUUUCCCAGAAAAGACCAUCCUAUCAAAAAAGAGGGAAAUUCUCAAUUCCCCCCAGAAGAACAUCUUGCCCAAGCAGGCUGCCACCCCCAGUUCCUCAACCCAAACCAUUUCACCAAAGCAGGGUGACAUUCCCAAUUUCCCAGAAAAAACCAUCCUGCCAAAAGAGGGUGACAUUCUCAAUCCCCCCAACAAAACCAUCCUGCCCAAGGAGAGUGAGACCCCCAAGUCCUCAGCAGAAACCAUUCUGCCCAAGGCGUGUGAGAUCCCCAAGUCCUCAGCCGAACCCAUUCUGCCCAAGGAGGGUGAGACCCCCAAGUCCUCAGCCGAACCCAUUCUGCCCAAGGCGGGUGAGAUCCCUGAGUCCUCAGCUGAAACCAUUCUGCCCAAGGAGGGUGAGACCCCCAAGUCCUCAGCCGAAACCACUCUGCUCAAGGAAGGUCAGACUCCCAAGUCCUCAACCCAAACUAUUCUACUCAAGGAGAGUGAGACCCCCAAGUCCUCAGCCAAAAUCAUUCUGCCCAAGGAGGGUGAGACCCCCAAGUCCUCAGCCGAAACCAUUCUGUCCAAGGAGGGUGAGACCCCCAAGUCCUCAGCCGAAACCAUUCUGCUCAAGGAGGGUGAGACCCCCAAGUCCUCAGCCAAAACCAUUCUGCCCAAGGAGGGUCAGACUCCAAAGUCCUCAACUGAAACCAUUCUGCCCAAGGAGGGUGAGACCACCAGGUCCUUAGAGGACACGGUCUGGCCCUCAGGAGGCAAUAGCCUGCAGUCAGAGGAAGACGCAGAGUUCCUGGAUGAGGACCUGGUGAAGGUGAUCCUGAGCAAAGAAGACUUUGAGGUGGCGCUAAAGGAAGCUGGGGAGCGGCUGGUGGCCGUGGACUUCUCGGCCACGUGGUGCCAGCCCUGCAAGACCAUCAAGUCCUUCUUCCAGACCCUGUCCCUGAAGUAUGAGGAUGUGGUGUUUCUGGAAGUGGAUGCUGACGAGUGCGAACAACUGGUGAGAGAGUGCAAGGUCGAUUGCGUUCCAACCUUUCAGUUUUAUAGAAAAGAAGAAAAGGUGGGCCAGUUUUCUGGUGCCCUGCACGAAAAACUUGAGACACUCAUUACAGAAUUAAAGUGA